AUGCAACGGACGCAACAAAAGCUUCGUAUUGCUGAAGAAAAUGCUAGACAUUUAGCAAUUAAUGGUGAAUCUCAAUGGUGGUUAAACUAUGACGAUGAGUCUGUUAAGCCUGAAAUUAUAACACUAGAUGAUGACGAUGUUACAGUAUAUGAUCAAAAACCAACUUCGAAGAGUAAACGCAAACGUGACUCUAUUUUACCCACUCGAAAAAAAAGAUCGAUUGAAGUUCAAAACAUUGAGUAUAUAGAUGAUGAUGAUGAAGCUCUAGUCCCUCAAACAAGAUAUAAUUUGAGGUCUAGAAAACCCACAUCUUCUCAAACUAUUGAAGAGACAAUUACAUUAAAUACCCAGAACAAUCGGGCUAUCGAAUUUAUGAAACCACCAGAAUGA